UAGUUCCCUUUACACGACAUAAAAAAAGACUGAGCUUUUCUUGAACACAACACAACACAACACAAUAAUGAAAUUUCAAAUAACCCUUUGCCAAUCUAAAUCACCACCAAGAACAAGAACAUAAUUCAUUAUUACAGCAAGCUUCUGUAAGAGAAAAAUGGAUACGCAUACACCAUUCUUUUUCAUCAUUUUUCUAUGCUUUCUCACCUCUGCAGCUGCUCUUCUUUCCCCUAAAGGUGUUAACUUUGAAGUGGAAGCAUUAAUGGGGAUAAAAGGUGGAUUAAGGGAUCCACAUGGGGUUCUUGAUAAUUGGGAUAGAGAUGCUGUUGAUCCUUGCAGCUGGACUAUGGUCACUUGUUCUUCCAACAAUCUUGUCAUUGGCCUAGGAACUCCUAGUCAGAAUUUAUCUGGUACUCUUUCUCCCAGCAUUGGGAAUUUGACAAAUCUUCAGAUUAUAUUAUUGCAGAAUAAUAAUAUAACAGGACCAAUCCCAGGUGAGGUUGGGAAGCUUUUGAAGCUUCAAACACUUGAUCUUUCAAACAACUUCUUCACUGGGAAUAUUCCUCCUCCUUUAGGACACCUCAAAACCCUUCAAUAUUUGAGGCUCAACAAUAACAGUCUCUCUGGAGAGAUUCCAAUGUCACUAACCAACAUGACUCAGCUUUCUCUCUUGGAUUUAUCUUACAACAACUUAAGUGGCCCUGUACCAAAAUUUCCUCCCAAAACAUUCAAUGUAAUCGGGAACCCGUUGAUAUGCGAAACGGGGUCCGAAGAACAGUGCAUCGGCAGCACAACUUUGAUGCCAAUGUCCAUGCCUUUGAACACUUCACAAACUGCUCUUACUUCUGCGAAAUCAAAAUACCACAAACUCGCACUCGUAAUCGGAACAAGCCUCGGCGUCGUAUCUCUACUCGUCAUCGCCUUCGCUCUUUUCUUGUGGCGAAGACAAUUGCGCAACCGACAAAAAUUCUUCGACGUUAAUGAUCGCCAGCACGAAGAAGUCUCACUGGGGAAUCUAAGAAUAUUCCGAUUAAGGGAGCUACAAAUAGCGACAAACAAUUUCAGCAACAAGAACAUCCUAGGCAAAGGCGGAUUCGGAAACGUCUACAAGGGCUUCUUACAAGAUGGGACAGCUGUCGCCGUCAAGCGGCUCAAAGACGGCACCACCGCCGUAGGCGAGCGGCAAUUCCAGACGGAAGUCGAAAUGAUAAGCCUAGCUGUCCACCGUAACCUCCUCAAACUCUACGGAUUUUGCAUGACAUCAUCCGAAAAGCUUCUUGUCUACCCUUACAUGUCCAACGGAAGCGUCGCCUCUCGCCUCAAAGCGAAACCGGUAUUGGAUUGGGGAACGAGAAAGAGAAUUGCAUUAGGGGCGGCAAGAGGACUAUUAUACCUACACGAGCAAUGCGAUCCGAAGAUUAUUCAUAGAGAUGUGAAGGCGGCAAAUAUACUUCUUGACGAGUACUGCGAGGCCGUUGUGGGAGAUUUCGGUCUAGCGAAGCUUCUAGAUCAUCAAGAUUCCCACGUGACGACAGCUGUACGCGGUACGGUGGGCCACAUCGCACCGGAAUAUCUCUCCACGGGCCAAUCUUCCGAAAAAACAGACGUUUUCGGAUUCGGAAUCCUUCUUCUAGAACUUAUCACCGGACUAAGAGCACUUCAGUUCGGCAAAUCGGCUAAUCAGAAAGGAGCAGUUCUUGAUUGGGUGAAGAAGCUUCAUCAAGAGAAGAAACUGGAAGAGGUAGUGGACAAAGAUUUGAGGAGCAACUACGACAUAAUCGAGCUGGAGGAGAUUGUACAGGUGGCGCUACUGUGCACGCAGUAUCUACCUGGUUUAAGGCCAAAAAUGUCCGAAAUUGUACGUAUGCUCGAAGGAGACGGACUCGCAGAGAGAUGGGAAGCUUCUCAGAGAUUGGAAUCGAACAAGUUCAAGACACAAGAAUUAUCUUCGUCUGAACGGUAUUCUGACCUUACCGACGAUUCUUCGUUAAUCGCUCAAGCAAUUGAGUUAUCUGGUCCGAGGUGAUAUAUACACACAAAAUAUCAUAUAAUAUGAAACUUUCUUAAAGAGGGAAGUUGAUACAUAUAAUAUAAUUAUAGCAUAACAAAGUUUGUAGCUCAAAAAGCAAUUGAUUCAUUACUGUAUAGAGAUAUGGUAUUUUUUAUUAUUUUAAUUAAUUGUAGGAGUUGAUGAUGUUUGUGUUAUGUAUAAUGUGAGUGAACAAGAAGCUGGAAUUUGAGUAAUACUAUUGUGAUAGUAUGUCAUGCAUGCAUGCACUUUGUGUGUUA